UAUUAUUAUUGCACUUAUUAAUGUAUGUAGUGCACUUUCAUUUCAUGCAAUUAAAAAAUAUUGAGCUAUGUGAUCUUAAGCCAUAGUUUUGCAUUAUCCUUGGAAGCAUACAAAACCUGGAUACUUUAACUUAUCAGCCAAUUAAAAUGGCUGUAAUGUAGUAACAAAUGUAAAUUUACAAAUGUCAGUUUCUUGUGUUAAGCAUCAAACUGGUCCCUUUCAUAAGGAAGGAACUCAGUGUCUAGAAAUAGCUUUUUUAAGGGAAACACUUCUUUAGAAUAAUUUGUUCUUCUUAGUACUUUAGUGUAGAACCAAAAAAGCCGAUAGCACACAGAUGUGAUCUGUAGUAGGCAGAUUUUCCUUGCCAUGGAUAAUUUGCAGCGCUCCUUUGGAUUGUUAGCUUUACUUGUUAGCAGUGACAGUUCUGUAGGACUUGGAGCCUGGAUCUUUGUCCUUCCAACAGGUAGUCUGUUCAUCUCUUCAACAUGUGGAAAGUGGUGCUCCUGGGUCUAUAUACAGUAUUGGCUGUAAGAGGAUUGACAAAGGGUGCUCCUUUCCAACCAGAAGAAAAAUGGAAACCUCUAGAUAACCCUAGAAACAGAGAUCUGUUUUUCAGAACGCUCCAGGCUUAUUUUUCGGGCAGGGGUCUUGAUCUCAGAAAAUUCCCAGCUACUUUCACUAUGAACAAUGAAGGACCGAGGCCUGUCAUGCUCUACUCAGAUCCUAUUGCUUCUGCAUUUGCAGAUUAUGAAGAAAGGAAAAAUUCUUUUCCAAAUUAUUUCAAAGGCUAAAAGAUGGUGCUGAACCAAGGUGUUAACUUCUGAACUUUCACACCUCACAGCAAACCACUAUUGCUUUGCCUUUUUACCUGUUAUACGGCACUUUAGAAACCCCUCUGUGUCACAGUUUUGCCCGUGCAAGUUGCCGUUUCCCUGUAGCUGGCUCUUUGCUGUCUGUUGACAAACGUGUGCUGCUGGGCUGCUUUUGUGUUAAAACGUGAAUAAAUGGGGAGUGCAACGGGGGGCUUCUCCCUUCUGCCACGUGUCUUUGUUCGCAGUAGGUAAACAAAUGCUG